CGCGCUUGUCUGGAGGAGGGGGCCCCGCCGCUGCCGGACAGCCAGUCCGACCGCCUCGCCACGCCAGCCGAGGAGGCGCUGCUGGCGGACCUGCGCGGGGCCCUGGGGGCGGACCUGGAGGCCGCGCCCCAGCACGAGGAGCUCGUGGGCGACGUGCGGCUGCUCCGCACGCUGCGCAGCAGCUGCCACCAGGUGGAAGACGCCGCGCGGGCUUUCCGGAGGCACCUGGCGGCGCGCCGGGAGCACGCGCUCGACGCCGCGCGGGAGCACGUGCUGGAGAGGUUCGGGGGCCGGCUCUGGGAGCUGCGCGCGGAGGAGCUCCCGCACGGGGAGACCGUCUGCAGCUUCCUGCCGGAGGUGCUCAUCUUCUCGCGGGCGCUGAACGGGAACCCCGUGGGCGCCGCGUGUUGGGGGAAGAACCGGCCGAAGGGCCUGGUCGCCGUGGAGGGCUGGCGGGAGAAGCUCCGGGCCUACCUCGCGCACCUCUGGGAGUGGCGGGCGCUGCUGCUCGACCGGACGAGCCGGGAGCAGGGGCGGCUGGUGCACUUUGUCAACGUCGUGGACCUGACUGGAGCGUGA